CGCCCCGCGCCCCGCGCCCCGCGCCGGCGUCGCGUCCCUGCCUCCUUCUUCUCCAGAAAAAGUCGCCAUUUUGGUUCACUGCCUUUGGGCCCCCCCCUCCCCAGGCGCCCGGGAUCGGCCCUUCCGGGGCCACGCCGGGCCCGCACCCGCCGCAGGUGACAGGUGGGUAGCGAGGCCAGCCCCCAGGUGUGCGUCCCCGGGCCGGCCUCAUCCGCGCGCCCGGGCCCAGGCCGGGGUCCCGGGCCGAGCGGCCUGGGCCGCGGUCCCACCGCCAGCGUCGCCUGCGGUCAGCGCGAGGCGCUCCUAUCCCCCCGCUCCAGAGGGUCCCACCUCUGCGAUCCUGCUGGCCCCUCUGGGGAGGGGCGAGCCCUUUCUCCUCCUGGUGCGCGAGCCACAGGCCUUGAAUGGAAGGGGAGUCUCUGCCUCCUAGGCCAGCCCUGGUCCCGGGGGCUCCCAACUCCGAAUUCUUCACCCAAGCUGGAGGAAGGCUGGAAAGAGAUGACCGAUCCCUUUUGUGUUGGAGGAGGCCGCCGGCUCCCGGGGUCCAGCAAGAGUGGGCCUGGGAGGGAUGGCGGCCGGAAUGAGGUCCGACUUCCCAUGCUUCACGACCCACCGAAGCUAGGGCUGCCGGUAGGCCGGGGUGGGCCGACAGUGCCCAGCCAGGCCCCUCUCUGCUUUGACCCGGGAAGUCCAGCCAGCGACAGAACGGAAGGGAAGAAAAAGGGGCGUCCGAAAGCCGAGAACCAGGCGCUCCGAGACAUUCCUCUCUCCCUGAUGAACCAGUGGAAAGAUGAGUUCAAGGCGCACUCGAGGGUGAAGUGUCCAAACGCUGGGUGUUGGCUGGAGUUCCCCAGCAUCUACGGGCUCAAGUACCACUACCAGCGGUGCCAAGGGGUAAGGGGCUGCGGCCUGGGGAAGGGGAGGCCUGGGGCCCACCCUGCCCUGGCUGUUGGCUUGGGGGUGUCCACGCCUGCCCUCUCCACCCAGGGUGCCAUCUCAGAAAGGCUGACCUUUCCUUGCCCCUUCUGUGAGGCUGCAUUCACCUCUAAGACCCAGCUGGAGAAGCAUCGGAUUUGGAACCACAUGGACCGACCCCUGCCUGCCCCCAAGCCUGGGCCAGUGAGCCGGCCAGUCUCCGUCAGUCGGCCCGUUGGGGUCAGCAAGCCCAUUGGAGUAAGCAAACCUGUCACAGUCAGCAAGCCCAUCGGCAUCACCAAGCCAGUGACGGUCAGCCGGCCCGUGCCGGUCACCAAGCCAGUGCCGGCCAGCAGGCCCGUGCCGGUCACCAAGCCAGUGCCGGCCAGCAGGCCCGUGCCGGUCACCAAGGCUGUGCCGGUCACUAGGCCUAUAUCAGUCACCAGGUCUGUGCCAAUUGCCAAGCCAGUAACAGUCAACAAACCAGUGCCGGUCACCAAACCAGUGACCAUCAACAAGCCGGUGUCUGUGACAAAGCUUGUGACAGUUACGAAACCCGUGCCAGUUGCGAAGCCGGUGACGGUCAGCAGGCCCAUUGUGGUCAGUAAGCCGGUGACGGUCAGCAGGCCCAUUGCCAUCAGCAGACACACGCCGCCCUGCAAGAUGGUGCUGCUGACCAAGUCUGAGAACAGAGCUCCUCGGGCCGCGGGGAGGAGCAGCGGUAAGAAAAGGGCUGCAGACGGCCUGGAUGCCUGCCCCCUCCCGCCCAAGCAGGCGAGGCCGGAGAACGGCGAGUACGGCCCGUCCACCACAGACCAGAGCUCAACCUUCCAGCUGAGCACAGACCCCAGCAGCAGCCCCCUUUCUCUGGGCAGCAGAGCCUUGGGGGGCAAGGAGGUGCCAAGGGCCACGGGCCCCGUGUCCCCGCCUGAGGAGGGUGCGGAGCGCACGAAGCACAGAAGGAAACAGAAGACACCCAAGAAGUUUACGGGUGAGCAGCCCUCCAUCUCAGGGACUUUCGGACUCAAAGGCCUGGCCAAGGCGGAGGACAAAGCCCGUAUCCACCGCGCCAAGAAGCAGGAGGGGCCGGUCCCUGAGGAGGUGCGGAAGAGGGGGCCAGCCCCCACCAGCGCUGUCAGCAAGGAGGUGCCGGCCCCCGGGGCCCACCCAGCCCCAGGUGGCCCUGAGGAGCAGUGGCAACGGGCCAUCCACGAACGGGGGGAGGCCGUCUGCCCCACCUGCAACGUGGUCACCCGAAAGACCCUCGUGGGGCUCAAGAAGCACAUGGAAGUGUGUCAGAAGCUGCAGGAUGCACUUAAGUGCGAGCACUGCCGGAAGCAGUUCAAGUCCAAGGCGGGCCUCAACUACCACACCAUGGCGGAGCACAGCGCCAAGCCCUGUGACGCCGAGGCCUCGGAGGCGGGCGAGCGCGAGGAGCGGGAGUGGCUGCGGAAGGUGCUGAAGCAGGUGGGGCGGCUGCGCUGCCCCCAGGAGGGCUGCGGGGCCGCCUUCUCUAGCCUCAUGGGCUACCAGUACCACCAGCGACGCUGCGGGAAGCCGCCCUGCGAGGUGGAGACCCCUUCCUUCCCCUGCACCCACUGCGGCAAGACCUACCGCUCCAAGGCCGGCCACGACUACCACGUGCGCUCGGAGCACGCGGCCCCGCCCCCCGAGGAGCCUGCGGACAAGGCCCCCGAGGCUGAGGACCUGUUGGGUGUCGAACGGACCCCCAGCGGCCGCAUCCGCCGCACGUCGGCCCAGGUCGCUGUGUUCCACCUGCAGGAGAUCGCGGAGGACGAGCUGGCCCGAGACUGGACCAAGCGGCGCAUGAAGGACGACCUGGUACCCGAGACUGCGCGGCUCAACUACACGCGGCCCGGCCUUCCUGUGCUGAACCCCCGGCUGCUGGAGGAGUGGAAGAACGAGGUCAAGGAGAAGGGCCACGUCAACUGCCCCAAUGAUUGCUGCGAAGCCAUCUACUCCAGCGUGUCCGGCCUCAAGGCCCAUCUGGCCAGCUGCAGCAAGGGGGACCACCUGGUGGGGAAGUACUGCUGUCUGCUGUGUCCCAAGGAGUUUAGCUCCGAGAGUGGCGUCAAGUACCACAUCCUCAAGGCCCACGCGGAGAACUGGUUCCGCACUUCGGCAGACCCGCCUCCCAGACACAAGGGCCCAGACUCCCUGGUGCCCAGAAAGGAGAAGAGUCCGGCUGGCGGGAAGAAGCGGGGCCGCAAGCCCAAGGAGCGACCCCCUGAUGAUCCAGUCCCUGGGACGCCUCCCCACCGGGACGACUGGCCCCCAGGAGGCAGAGACAAGGGGGCCCGGGGCUCUGCUGGCCGGAAGGUGGGAGCCGGCAAGGCGCCCGAGAAGUGAGUUUGCAGCCUGGCAGGUGGGUGGGGCCCGGCCCCCUCUGUCCAGGGUGGGGCUCCAGAGCCUCCUGCCCUCCAGGCCUCCACCCCCCACCCCUGCCUGUUCAUCUGU